UUCAAGUUUCACGUGUAUAUCGUUGCGUAUAUUCAAUUGCUCUGUAAUCUGAUUCUCAAUUAUAACCUACAAAGUGUUCGGUGUGGUUUCGUUUUGUUUAAAUAUAAUAAUUUGUUUAUGUACAACAAAUAUUAAUUGUAAAAAUGCUUUCUGUAAAGCAAUCUGCUCCCAAAAUUGCAAAGCGUAACAAAAAACAAAAGUCCUUCAAAAUAGAAAAACUUGAAAAGAAAACAUUCAAAAUUGUCAGUGAAAAAGAAUCUUUGAAUAAAAAUUAUUUGAGAACUAAAAACGAGGAGAAAAAAGAAACAUCAGAUUCUAUAACUAAAAUAACGAAGAAAAAGAAAACCAAAUACAUAAUGCCAUCAAAAAGUAUCACCAAUGAGCUUGUCGAGCAGUGUUUAUUAGUCUUGGAACAACUAAAAAUGAAUACCAAAAAGAAGAAUGCAAUAUUUGAUGAAGAAACACAAAUUUUUGCUGAAAUAAACUGUAUUAAAAUUCAAAAUUCUAAAGGCAACAUUAAAUUUGUCUUUCCUCACAGUACUUGUUUCUCAACUAAUGAGGUCUGCCUUGUGACACCAGACAUAAAAAAAGGAAGAAAGCAUGACCAUGAGCCAACUGUAGACCGCUGGGAAGAAUUACUAAGAAAUGCUAAUGUUACAACAGUUAAAACUAUACUUCCAGUGAGGCAGUUGAAAGUUGAAUAUGAUCAGUAUGAAUUAAAACGAAGAUUACUAACACAGCAUGACUUCAUCAUGGUCGACACUAGAGUAUUAAAUCAUGUAUCACAUCUCUUGGGCAAAAUGUUUUUCAAAAAACAUAAUAUGAUUAUACCUGUUAGACUAAAUGAAAAUGAAAAAAUUAAAAAAGAUAUUGAUAUUGGUUUAAGAACAGCUAUGCUUCGAUUGAAUAUUGGACCAACAUCGACUAUUGUUGUAGGACAUACAGGCAUGCCAAGAGAACAAAUAAAAGAAAAUGUCCUUUCCCUAAUUCAGCAAUUGAAAAACAAAUAUCCUGGAGGAGAAGCUAAUAUAAGAUCACUUGCUUUGAAACUUCCAUUGUCUUUAUCAUUGCCUUUAUACAUAACACUAAGGCCAUCUAACCUAAUUAAUCCACCAAAACUUGUGCACAAGAAACCGAAAAAUUUUGCUGUAGUGGAAGACGAACUGUCCACUAUUCCAGACAGUACAGUCAAAGUAGCUCCAGAUGGCACAGUGCAUGUUAAAAGGCCAAAUAGUAAUAGUAAAUCCCAAGUUAUAAAUGAAGUUGACGAAAGUGAUGAACUAGAAGAAUCUGAAGAUGACAGUGAAUAGUUCUAAAGGAUAUAUAUAUAAUUAUAGAAACAUUGAUUAUUAUAAAUGUUUUAUUGUAUUGUAUACAAAUAAAGAAAUAAAUGAAAA